UUCCUUGUUGCUGCAACCGUUUAACACACCUGUUGCAGUUAUUUACUUCUGUUUUUUAAAACUGAAAUUACUUUUAAUAUUAAAGACUGGCUAAUGGGUAUGAAGUUCAAGAAAUACGCUACAGGAGCAUGCGUAUUGGGAUUUAUAAUUAUUGUUCUCGUCUAUUUUCCCGAUAUAAAGAUUACUUUAUUUGAAAAUGGUAGAUGUUCGGUGAUUUUACGCAAGUUCAUGACAAAUCCAAAACUCUGUACUUUGGAGUCUGGAAAGGCGGCUCAGUAUCCGAGAGCCAGCCCGUCGCCGGUGUCUGUUGAUGAAUGCGCAAAAUGGAGAAGAAACCCGACAGGUGCUAACUUGAGUCUCACAUCUCAAGUCUGGGUCCGGUCAGACACGGCGGCGGACAUUUUUGUUUAUUCUGCGUAUUACGACGUCGACGACGACAACGUUCCAGUCAUCAGAGUGAUCGGCAUCGGGUCAAGGAUGGGAACAUACCAUGUGAUAUCUCUUGUACAGUGGUCUGCUGAUUCCACGUGUUUGGAAGAUCGACCCGCCACUGUAGAAAUUAUGCCCGACCACCACUGGAAAAGAUACUCUGCCAUGUUUGUCAUGUGCAAACUCAACGUCUCGGAGAGCAGAAAGCCCUUUGCCGUGUCCAUAGCUCAAGCAAAUACAACGCAGCUAAAACACAAAUUGUUGGUGAAGUACCCUGAACCGUUUCGUUUCAAUAUCACAGUGUGUUUGCCUUGCAUUCAUUCAAAAUAUAACGACGAAACUGAAACCAUUCAAUCCAUAGAAAUGGACCAAACGUUAGGUGUGGAACAUUUUGUUGUCUAUAAUUAUUCUAUAGGUGAUGAAGUAAAGAAUGUUGUCAACUACUAUUUCAGUCAAGGAAUUCUGGAAAUAAACGUCUGGAACCUACCAGAAGUAGAAGUUCAUUAUUUUGGCCAGUUGGCAGCAGUUAAUGACUGUGUGUAUUCAAACAGAGGGAAAUCGAAGUAUGUAAUUGUGAAGGAUCUCGACGAAGUUCUAGUUCCAUACAAAGACAAAACUCUACCAACUCUCAUCAACAGGAUGAUGGCAAAUGAACCUCUGGCCGGUGCCAUCAUGUUUCGAUCCACAUUUUUCCACAAAGAAUGGCCAGAUGACAUGGAAGGAUUCGAAGAUGCCCAAAGAGCAAAACAGUUCCAUCUGUACACGCUGCUCAAGACUUGGAGAGAAACAAAGAUCUGGGAUUCACAGAGUAGAUCAAAAAUGAUAAGCCUGCCCAACAGGGUACACAUACAAGGAAUUCACUAUGUUCUGAAGAUGCGAAAAGGGUUUGUGGAGACUGAAGUUGACACUAAGGAAGGCUUGGUCCAUCACUACAGAGAAUGGUCGGCAACUACUGAUAAAAUGAAAGAAACUUUUCUGAGGGUAUUUAGUGAUUUACUCAUAGACAAAUGUAACAGAACGUUCCACUUCAUUCAUCGCAAUAGUGUUAUAAAAAAUGGCUAGUAGCAGGAGUUUGGUGCAGCAACGAUAGACAAAAGUUCUGUUGCACGUUAAAGGGACAUACCCUAGUUUCAAACCAUGAAUAUUAACAGUAAGUUUAGUUUUAAUCUACAAACCUGUAACACCUUUGGAAAAAGGUUACAACUGAGUGAAACAUGAGUAUGUGAAUCUAAAAUGGUGAAAUAGACUAAAACUCGACUCCAUAACUGA